CUGUAAACCAGCAUUCGAAAUGCCUUGGGCCUGCGGCGCACAGACGUACGAGAAGAGGCACGCGAUGCGCCUUCUGUGGAGGCAUCGAUGUCGUCUCGGCUUGCUGGAUGCAUGAGGCGCGACGGGAGUCUCGCUCGGUGUCUUCGCUUGCCACAGUGGUGCCUACAGCUUCCCGGGGCCCAAACGUGACUCUUCUUCCCGUACAAGGCGCGGCAGGCUUCUCGCCCCCGUACUUUCGCUUGUCAAUGCAGCCAGCAGCAUGACCCCUCUUCCAUACCGCUGGCACCGAAUAGCAGUCGUCGUCCCAGGGAGGGUGCUGCCGCUUUCCAUACUCAUUUCUGCCAUGGAAUCAGUAGUGCCGUCUGUCGUCUGAAAGACCCUCGAACGUUGCCCGCAAGGGGGGCCAUCGAUGUCACCUGGAAGGAUUCCCUGCACCGGGGGCUGCGAACUGCCAGGCGGAAGUCAAAGGCUCGAUGUCAAGUGACUUUGGGGGUGCAGUGCAUGCCUGCCCAAAUCUGCACCCGGGCGCGGACCACAAGAUAAGAGCUGACUGGCGAAAAGCGCACCCUUUUCGCCCACACAAGGGAGCUUGCAAGCCACCACCGCCUCCCCGCCAUGACCAACAGCUUUGCCCCCACAGACCCAAGUAAGGACAAGAAGUCCCCGACCGUCGACCCGACCAAGAUCGCGCGCGUCGAGAUCUUCCCGCCCAUAGGGAUCGCGCGCGUCGGCGACUCGGGUGUGAGGCCCGACGGCAGCUCCGACGGCGAGAUCGAGUACUACUACGCCCCUGAGGUCCCUGGCAUCACCGACCCGCCCGCUGACAUGUUCCGCGACAAGAAGCAGCGCAUCAGGCGCCAGGCAAGUAGUGCCCGUCCUCACCGCCUGUUCCGCGUGUACGCGUACGAUGCCGGCGGCGCGGUGCUCGGCGAGAUCAACAACGAGCAGAACUACACGCUGUCCUGGACCGUGCACGUCGCGAACAAGAAGGCGGCGUACUACGAGUUCAGCGGUGAGCACACACACGACAGACUGUACCGCGAGCGCAAGAAGACGCUGCGGAACCCCGACACGGACCCCGUCGGCGGCACACUGAGCGGCGACCCGUUCGACAAGUCGCUCGAGGGCCGCGCGCGCCUGAUCAUCGACCCCGGCGCGAAGCCGCUGACGCGCGGGAGCGAGACCGAGCCCGUGGUGCUCGCGGGGCGCUUCGACGGCUCGAACCCGGCCGGCAGCGGCGUCCCGGUCACGCUCGGCGAGCUGCGCACGGACGCGCAGGGCCGGCUCGUGUUCCUCGGCGGGACGGGCCUCGCGCGCUCGGUGCAGAAGACGAACGAGUUCUACCAGCCCGAGAUCAUCUCCGAGUUCGACAGCAUCGACUGGAUCGACGACAUCUGCGACGGCUGGGUCGCCGUGAGCGUUGCGCACCCUGACAGCCCCGACCUGAGCAAGUUGACGCCCCUCAAGGCGACCGUGUGCAGCGCCCCGCCCAAGUUUGCCUGGGGCAUCGAGUCGCCGACGUCGCUCUACGACAUCCUGGAGAACUUUUACAAGAAGAAACAGUCUUACGAAGAUCACUCUGGCACCGACUUCUACAAGGACAUUUGGCCUGUCCUUGCGGGGACUUAUGGCCUGUCCUGGGUGAACGAGAAAGCCUUCCAGGGCCACGGUCCUGGAGGCUUUGGCGAUUUCCUGCCACUUGAGCAAACGCUUUCAUCUUCGGGGUCUGACAGCAAGCCUCUCCGAGAACACGUCUUCGAAAGACUUCGCGAGCCUGACUUCCGUAACAAAGAUCAGGCCCACGUCCAGCUCAUGCCCCGUCUGUCGGGAGACAACGGCGACGCAUUGGAGCCAGGCACCGUGCCCAGCACCGUCACCGGCGAACCGAUCACGCGUUUCGCAGCGCUCACCGAGCUGCAGUACGACCGGUUCCAGAGGUGGAAAGACGGCAACUUCACGGUGGGCACGAAGCUGGGCACGAUCAAGGUGAUCGAGGACUACCCCAUCGCGGACCAGCCCGUGAUGCUCGCGCGCGCGGCGCUCGAGCAGACGAUCGGCGACCCGCUCUACCCCGGCAUCGAGACGUUCUGGAUCGCGAAGCUCGACCCGACAUGGAAAGUUGACCCCCAGAACGUACGCCCGCCGUUCCGCGUCGAUUACGACAGGUGCCUGCCAGGCUUCCUCAGCCGCGGACUCGCUCUGCCGUGGCAGAGCGACUUUGACCUGUGCAACACUCACUGGUGGCCGUCUGCGCGCCCCGAUAACGUGCUCAGCAUCGACACUAACGUGCAGCAGAUAAUCGACGGUAAAACCACCAAUCCAAAGGGCGUGUCUGCCCUGAUGGGAGCACAGCCGCGCUCCAGGUGGACCGAAGGCCUGCGUGAUACCCCCGAAGACACCACCACGUCCUUCUUCCCUGGCAGCACAGACAUGAUCCACAAGUGGAAAGACCUUGGCUUUGUGGCGAAGCUUUCGCUCGCGAGUGCGGUGACGCCUGUCUGGGUCGAGGUGGAGCGUAAUCUGCCGCGCGGGUUCCUCCCUUCCAGGAAUGAAUAGACGGCCAUCAACAGUGCAUGCUGCCCGGUCAGGAUGACUCUGUAUCAUAGCUGUACACUACCUCAUGGACUGAAACUGUUCUUUUCCCUGGAGGGUUCAAGUUAAUGAAUGCCAAUUAACACGUCC